ACUGAAGUUCAAGGGACUGUUAGAGCUGAGGGUCAGGCUGAGCCUAUAAAAGCCCAGUUCAGUGACUGUGCAGGCAGAUAAGAUUCAGAAGGCUGCAGACAGUUAAAAUGGCUUGUGUAUCCCAAUCAGUGAGUUUUCAUAAAUGCCACUGCGGACAAAGACCACACACUGGUAUACUUUACAGCAUUCUCAACCAAGAUCACCAAGGUGAAUCAAACCGAUGUCACUCCCUGCAUUACCAGCCCAUCUCAGCUCUUGGUUGCUCUUGUGAGGUUCGAAGAAAAGUUGUUCUCAGAACUCCAGAACGCACUUGUAGACUGUCCUCCGAGGUCCUGCUGAAGACGCUGAACUUCAUUAAAAACCUCCCCUCCUUUUGUCAGUUGCCUGAGGGGGAUCAAGUGCUGCUGGUGCAGAAUAGCUGGGCUCCACUCUUUGUGUUGGGUUUGGCUCAGGAAGGAGUGGACUUUGAGGUGACUGAAGCUAAUGUUCCCAGCUUAUUGCGCAGAAUUCUCCUGAAUCAGAAAGUGGUUGAUGGACAGAUCCAGGAGACAGCCAUGAAUGCCCCAAGCUUGGCAGAAGUUCAGAGAGUGAAGAUGUUUCUCGCAAAGUUCUGGAGCAUGGACAUCAGCACGAAAGAAUAUGCAUAUCUUAAGGGUAUUACCCUUUUCAAUCCAGAUGUGCCCAGUUUGAGCACUCCUCGGUACAUCCUGGGUCUGCAACAAGAAGCCCAGCACACUCUGAAUGAGUUCAUCGGCAUGAUGCACAAUGGCGAUCACGCAAGAUUUGCACAGAUCCUCCUGGCCCUCUCCACACUUAGAAUGGUCAGCGUCACUUCUGUCACAGAACUCUUUUUCAGACCGGUCCUGGGCAAAGUGAACAUGAACGAGUUGCUCUUCGAAAUGCUUUAUGCAAAAUUAAAUUAAGUGAAUUGAAAAGCAGGAAUGUUACCCUCUUAUACUUGAAUCCUCUUGAUAUUUUUGUGACUUGUGAACAUUUUACAGCUGUUUAUGUAGCGAUCCAGUACUGCGUAUUGUGCAAUAUGUAUAAUAACUAUAUAUAGUAACUAUUCUUUGUUCUAUUUACACAGAUACACUUAUUAACAAUGCUUAUUUAUGCUCUUCCUUGUUUAAUAAACUUGUGUUUGAGAUAGAA